GCCAGUUUAGACAUGGGUGGCUAGCUGUCUUCAGUGAGUUGUUUGUUUGUAUGGAACUGGGGUUAAUAAUGAUGGACGGGGAAACGGAGCUGUCGUUUACAAUCGCCCAGAUGGUGCAGCGCCUGAAAGGGACACAUUUGCAUUCGCAGCUAGAAAGGCAGGCCAAAGAUUGUUUGCACAGACCAGAUAUUAAACUUGAUUCGCUGAAAGAUGACGUUCGGAAUUUCUUGAAAGUGUCAGGAUGGGAGAAAAAACUUCAGAAUGCGGUUUACAGAGAAUUGCACAUCAGGCCUGCCCCUGGACACCCGGCUGCUCCCCCGGAGCACACCAAAGAGCCCCUGGCAUACAUGCGCAAGGCCCAGGCUAGUUGGGAGAAGAGAAUCCUGAAGAGUCUCAACAGCAUGUGCACAGAACUGGACGUUCCUUUGGCUCGCAAGAGGCCGCUGCCAGAACAGAGGGAGCUGUCAAACAAAUGGAACGAGAUGGGGACGGAUGAACCAGACCUGAGUAAAUUCAGACCCGUCUACGCACCCAAAGACUUCCUGGAGGUGCUAGUGAGCUUGAGGAACCCUAAUCUUGACUGCAGUGAGGACGUGAGCUCUCACAGCCAAUGGGGUCUCAUCAAGGUGCCCCUUCACGUUAGGGACAUACGCCAGGUGAGAGAUGCCUGUCCUGAGCUGACCCUGACGUCUGGCCAGCUUGGCAUUGAUGACCACCCCUACGUCCACGCUGAUUUGUUUGAAAGUGAGCACGUUCGCCUGGGCAAAAGAGUGUUGAGUGAGCAGGACAGUGCUGCAGCUCAGCAGUACAGCAGACAGGGCUGCCCCACAGGCCUCAGGGCCGAGCUCUGGGCCCUCAUACUCAACUCCACCAACGACCCAGAGGACGUCAUGCACUAUGAGCAGCUGAAGGCCGGGGUCAUUCAACACGGUCUGCUGGUGGACAACCUCAUCUACAAGGAUGUGAAGCUGACUGCGAGCAAUGACGACUACUACUUUGUGUUUGAAGAUUUCCUUUAUCAGGUCUUGCUGUGCUUCUCACGUGACACGACUGUUCUUGAGCACUUCAGUUAUAACAGCGCCACGCCUCCCAAAUCCUACAUCCAAGGCAAAGCAGAGCAGAAUGAGUAUGCAGUUAUCUAUCCUCCCAACGGCGUCAUCCCAUUUCAUGGCUUCUCCAUGUAUGUGGCCCCUCUGUGUUUCCUGUAUAACGAGCCGUCCAGGCUGUACGGCGUCUUCAGGGAGAUGUACAUACGCUACUUCUUCAGGCUGCACUCCAUAUCCUCACACCCCUCAGGUAUUGUGUCUUUGUGUUUGCAGUUUGAGAGGCUGCUACAGGGCCACCUGCCUCAGCUCUUCUACCACCUCAGAGAGAUCGGAGCCCAGCCUCUGUCCAUAGCCUUCAAGUGGAUGGUUCGGGCCUUCUCGGGGUACCUCUCCACCGACCAGCUCCUCUUCCUCUGGGACCGCAUCCUGGGCUACGACUCCCUGGAGAUCGUGGCAGUUCUGGCGGCGGCGGUGUUUGCCUUCCGAGCUGAGAACCUGAUGGAGGUGACAUCACUGGCCUCUGCUGAGGCUGUCCUCGCCGACCUCUCCACCCUAAAGGUCAUGCCACUGAUCCAGAUCUUCGUCUUCGCCACGGUGGUCUAACCCCCACCAUGAAAACCAGACAGACGCACUGACGGACGGAUGGAUAGACAGGACAGACAGAGAGACGGACGGACAGACAUACAGACGGAGAGACAGGGGAGGCGAGGCGAGGUGAGGAGAGGCGAGGAGAGGAGGACCAACGGAUGGAGGAGAAAGAGGCUGCAUCUUCCGUCUCAGCCAAUCUCACAAAAAAACAAAAACAAAAACAAAAACGCCAAAUGCAAGUCAGGCCUUGCCUCACUACUUACAUCACCCACCAAGACUGCAGAAAAACUCAACAAAACAAACGAAAAAUACAGUAUAUAGCAGUGGGGUGAUGAGGAAGGUGAGGAAGAGGAAGAAUGUCAAGGCCAACCUGUCUCGGCCCAAGGCCCACCUUCAUGCCACGUUGUCUCUGGAGGGUCGGCCAUGGGGUUGGGUUGGGCUGGGCUGGACAGUCGUUGAGGGACGAGUAACGUGCCACCCCACCCGCCAGUCAUGCCACCCCCCAUCCACCAACCACCCAACUACAUAAGAUGCUCCACGUGUCACGCCACCUGUGCCCGAGCCCACUGUUGCAAGCCCCCCCCCACACACACACACACACACGCUUUCUCUCUCUUUCUCUCUCUCUCCCAGCUCCCUCUCUCUUUCCCCUUGCUCUCUCUCUCUCUCUCUCUCUCUCUCUCUCUCUCUCUCUCUCUCUCUCACACUCUCUCCCUCCUCUCACCGUCCCCACACGUGGAUCGUUUUACCACUGCUGUAUGUAUGUCUUACCCUAAACUUGAACCCCCCCCUGCUCACAUUCGCAUCUGAAGAACUCUUGCUUGCUUGCUUGCUUGCACUCGCUCCAUCUGCCAAAAGCUUCCUAAUGUAGCCGGCUAGCUAGCUAGCCUAAGGGGGCUGUGCAUGCCUGCAUGUGUCGCCCGUCCCCAAAUGAGCUGUGUUACAACUCUUACGUACACAGUACAUUUCGCAGUGGCAAUUUCCACGCUGAGAGAUUCGAAUUUCGAAUUUGCCAUAGCGUUGGUACUGCUUUUGAAGUGUUGAAUUCACACUGAAAAUGUAGGGUGAACAUGAAUUAAAUUGUUAACUAAGCACAAUGCGUGUUUAAUUUGACCGGUCUGGUCUGGCAUAGCAAUAUAUUGAUAAUAUAAUCAAUAAUAUAAACCAUACAUAACCCUUUUUUUUUGCACAGGCACUGUAGGACGUUUGUAGGAUUAGAUAAGGGUCAAGAUACGUUAACUAACUUUCUCUGCUUCAUCAGCGAACAAGUAGGCUAUCAACAUCAUCAAAACAAAGCAAGCAGCUGUAGUUUGUGGUUGUAAAACAGAGGGGAAGCCCACACGGUAGAUCACAUUUCCAUUUUAACACGUUUUUUUUUUUUAUACUGUAUGUCAAGUGUUGCAAUUGGCCAAAGCACAGUUUGGGAUAAUAUACAGUUGAGAAGUGGCCAAAUAUCGUUUUGGUGGGUAAAUCUUUUCUUGCAGAUGUAUACUGGAAAGCUUAUGUACAUAACAGACUGUGCAUGGGGAAAGAUAAAGUAGUCGUACCUGACAUGCCUCGCUCAGAAAACAACGGGUACGGAAUCCAUAACACUGACUGGGGCUGAAUCCAAAAUGCUUUCUCAUUCCCUCAAAAAUAAGAAGUACAAGUCAAUUCACAGUGUAAUAACUAUUACAUAGUUGUUAAACCGGUUAUUCCACUGUACCCACUGAGGUAGAUAUACUGUGUGACUGGAAAAAAGGGGGAAAUGCCACACAUUUGAUCUAAGCAGCUCAGAAUCAGUUGACCACAAGACAGGUACUGUAGCUUAGAGCAGGGGUUCCCAAACUUUUUCCCCUGCGCACCCCAUUGUACAUUUCAAUGUGGUUCGUGCACCCCCUAAGCGAAUAUUUUGGUGUGCUGAUGGCCACGCAAGUAUAGAUUCACUGCUCAUUCACUGCAGAUUAUGCACAGUCAUUUUGGGGAAUCCUCUUGUCCAAAGGUCUUGGAGUUAAACUACACUUCAGAUGGACCCUUCCAGCAUAACAACAUGCACCAUACAAUUAAAAACUACUUAAUGUUCUUUAAUGCUGGAUAAAGACUCACAUAUCCGCCAUUGGUCUAUUCAGCUCGCGCACCCCCUUAUGGCAGGCCACACACUCCCAGUUUGGGAAACCCUGCCCCAGAGUAAGGUUUUUUUCUUCUCAAUUUAACUUUUGAUAGCUCUGCUUCAGAGUGCACGGUAUAAUCUGAUACUAUUGUAUACAUUAUAGAAAAGAUAAUAUACUGUAGUAUAGUUAAGAACCAUAACAAUGUAUCCUAUGGAGUGGGCUGUGCAGGGGACGAAUGAGCACUUCGAAUACAUUACAUUACAUUGCACUUAGCUGACGCUUUCAUUUAUUCAAAGCAACUUACAGUUAUUAUUUGUCAGGGUAUUGGUUACAGUCCCUGGAGCAACGUGGGGUUAGGUGCCUUGCUCAAGGACACUUUAGCCAUGGAUGGAGAUGUAGGGAGAGGUCAGGGGGGAUUCGAAUCUGCAACCCCUAGAUUGAAAGACCAACUCCAUAGAACUAGUGACUAAUUGCAUGUGUUAAUGUAUGUAAGAAACUCCCACAGAACCCCCACACUGGCUUGUCCAGCAAAUGCUGUUGGUAAGUAUUCGUCACCCUGUGGUCCAAUAUCUGGAUCCCAAUUAAGAUCCAGACAGAACUACCAUUGAAAGCAAAAGCAGUACUGCAAGGUUCUGAUGUUUGGUGUGUUUUUAGUUUGUUUGUUUGUACAUUUGUUAUUAUUAUUAUGUUUAUCGUUAUAUAUUUUUAGUUUUGACCAUUUACAGUUUUUCUGGGCAAGUACGCCUAGAUGCUGUGUCAUGCUCCACACCUGGUGUCACCAUGGAUACCUAAAGGUUGGCCACUGGGCGCCGUUUUCCUUUCUUUUUUUGGCCAUGGUUAGCUGGUUUUGUUCCUGUAAAUUGUUUUUUUUUUUUAACUGAUUAUUGGUUUACCUAUGCUGCCUUCUCCAUACCCUGAUAAGAUAUGCAGCAUAAUAUGUGUGACAUACAGUAGAUUUUAUAAUAAACUGUGCAGUUGGCAAUUGUUAAUUUUAAACCUAAUUCAUUUUGGUAGGUUAUGCCUUUUGCAGUAGAGCUAUUAUUUCAUGUCAGUGCCACUUCAUCAACUAUUCACCACAAUAUGAUUAAAAAUGAGCAAUGGUUCAUUCAACUGAA